ACUGUACUUUUAACAGUGGUUUGUGGAGAAGGUUUGUCCCUGCAGCACAUAAAGCUCUGUGUGGUCUGUGUUUCAGGCGUGUUAGACAGCGGCGGGCCAGAUUUUGAGGAUGGAGACGAGGUUUAUGAAGCCAUCGGAGGAGUCCUGCAGGAGGUGUCAAUCGACAGUAAAAACGAGGAUGACGUCAGAGACAUCUGCCUCCAGAUGUUCAACACUCUGCAGCUGAAUCACCAUCAUGGCUCUGCUAAGCAGGUGUUGUUGGACGCUCCUGUGCAGCUCUCUCAGAUCUCUGCAGAUAACGUCACUCCAGCAGACGAUGUGACGGGGAUCUGGAUGAUGAAACGAGCCCAGAACACGACGGUGAACGCCAAGAAACUGGAGAAGGCCGAGGCGAAGCUGAAAGCCAAACACGAGCGCAGGAACGAGAAGGACUCCCAGAAAGGCACCAGUCCACUAGUCCUAGAGGAGGCGUCGGCGAGUCAGGCCAGCAGUAAGAAGGAUAACCGCGUCGACCAAUCAGGGAAGAACCGAAGCUACGACAUCCGCAUCGAGAACUUUGACGUGUCCUUUGGCGAGAGGUGUUUGCUGCAGGGGGCGGAGCUCUCCCUGGCGUCAGGCAGACGGUACGGCCUGAUUGGUCGGAACGGUUUGGGGAAAACUACCCUGUUGAAGAUGCUGGCCAGCCGGAACCUCCGCGUCCCCGCUCACAUCUCCAUCCUCCACGUGGAACAGGAAGUGGCGGGAGACGAGACCACAGCGCUGCAGAGCGUGUUGGAGAGCGACACGCUGAGGGAGGGGCUGCUGGGCGAGGAGAAGAGGCUCAACGCUCGCAUCGCCAAUGGAACUGCUGACGGGAUGGAGAGCGUCCGCCUGUCAGAGAUCUACGGCAAGCUGGAGGAGAUUGAAGCUGACAAAGCUCCGGCGAGAGCCUCCGUCAUCCUGGCUGGACUUGGAUUCUCACCCAGAAUGCAACAGCAGACUACAAAGGAGUUCUCAGGAGGAUGGAGGAUGAGGUUGGCGUUGGCCAGAGCUCUUUUUGCUCGACCGGACCUGCUGCUGCUGGACGAGCCGACCAACAUGCUGGAUGUGAGAGCCAUCCUGUGGUUAGAGAACUACCUGCAGACGUGGCAGUCCACCAUCCUGGUCGUCUCCCACGACCGGAACUUCCUGAACGCCGUGGUUACCGACAUCAUCCACCUGCAUUCGCAGAACCUGGACAGUUACCGUGGCGACUACGAAAACUUUAUUAAAACCAAAGAAGACCGACUGAAGAACCAGCAGAGAGAGUACGACGCCCAGCUGCAGUACAGACAACACAUACAGGUGUUCAUUGAUAGAUUUCGGUACAACGCCAACAGAGCUGCUCAGGUGCAGAGCAAACUCAAACUGCUGGAGAGGCUACCUGAACUGAAGCCCCUUGAAAAAGAAACAGAGGUCACUUUAAGGUUUCCAGAUAACUUUGAGAAGUUGUCUCCGCCCAUCCUGCAGCUGGAUGAGGUGGAGUUUCAUUACUCUGCAGACCUGCGGCUGUUCUCUGGACUCAACCUGUCCGCCGACCUCGAGUCUCGCAUCUGUAUCGUCGGUGAAAACGGCGCUGGGAAAUCCACUAUCCUUAAACUGCUGAUGGGCGAGCUGACGCCGGUGAACGGAGUCAGACAAGCUCACAGGAACUUAAAGAUCGGUUACUUCAGCCAGCAUCACGUGGACCAGCUGGACCUGAACGUCUGCUCCGUGGAGCUGCUGCUCAACAAGUUCCCCGGUCGGACGGAGGAGGAGUACCGUCACCAGCUGGGGGGGUACGGUAUCACCGGGGAGCUCUCCACGAGGCCGGUGGCGAGUCUGUCGGGGGGGCAGAAGAGCCGGGUGGCGUUUGCACAGAUGACCAUGCCUUGUCCAAACUUCUACAUCCUCGAUGAGCCGACAAACCACCUGGACAUGGAGACCAUCGAGGCGCUGGCCAAAGCUCUCAACAAGUUUAAAGGCGGGGUCAUCCUGGUGUCUCACGACGAGCGUCUGAUCCGCUUGGUGUGUAAGGAGCUGUGGGUGUGUGAAGCCGGGAAAGUCACUCGCAUCGACGGCGGGUUUGACGAGUACCGGGACAUCCUGCAGGAGCAGUUCAGGAAGGAGGGUUACCUGUGAGGCUCCGCCCACUGCUGACUGACUGCACCCACAACUAACAUAACCCGCCCCCUUCAUAACGACACCUGUCACAGCAGCCAAUCAGGCGUCAGAGCAGAGCGAAGAAGGUGUUCUUCUCUGAACUGUCUCACCUGCUGCAUCAGGUGACCAUGCUCUGCGAGCUGAUUGGUGGUUGGGGUUCACCUGGUGAGGUCACGGUGACCUCUGGAGGAGGAGGAGCCAUCCUGAGCGACCUGGAGUUUAUCGUCACUUUAAACCUGGUUUUGUUUUGUACCAUCGAGUCGUGCAGGUUUGAGGUUCUGUCGGCUUUUAAAGGACCGGACCGCCAAACGACAAUAAAAACAUCUGAUCAUGUG